AUUAUAAUGAAGCCUUCUUAAAGCCCAUUACCAUUUUGUGACCGCAAACUGCCCCCUGUUCAUAAUGACCUUGCUGCAGUCGUCAAAGGCCGCUGGAGGGCCGAGGUCAGUGCUUACAGAUGCAACAACCAUAGGUAGUGUGGUCACGACCGACAUGCUAGCAGACAACGCCACAGAGGGCAGGCACUUCAUCCCCCUGAGCGAUGCUGGGUUUACUUUCAUUGCCUGCAUGCUUGGGUUCACCUUCGUGGUCGGCUCCUUCAGCAACGGUCUCUGCCUGUUUGUCUUCAUCAGAAACCGGCGCCUGAGGUCCCCGACGAAUGUGUUUGUAAUGGCCUUGAACUUGGUGGACUUUCUAAUGUGUUUUACAGGAAUACCCAUGGCAAUGACAUCGGCGUGGAACCACAAGUGGAUCUGGGGUGACGCCAUGUGUGAUUUCGAGGCGUUUCUGGUUUACUUCCUUGGAAUGGCCUCCAUGUAUGUCCUGAUGGCCAUCGCCUUUGACCGCUACAUUGCCAUCAGCAAACCCUUGCUAGGCACAAAGAUUACCAAAUCUAUAGCGUACGUAUCGUGCGCCGGAUGUUAUUUCCUAGGUUUUAUCUGGGCCAUACCCCCGGCUUUCGGCUGGAACGAGUUUGGCCUGGAAGGGGCCGGAAUCUCUUGCAGUGUCGUCUGGGAGAACCCCGACCCCCUCUACAUGAGCUACAUCUGGGCCAUCUUCUUCUUCUGCUUCAUCAUCCCGCUUGGUAUUAUGGUCUACUCCUACUGGGGCGUGCUCGCCACUCUGAGGAAUUUAAAUAAAAAUUCUGUUUGGGACAUGAACAGCAGAGUGGCUCGUAAAAAUCUGGCCAUUGAAAAGAAGAUGUUCAAGACGGCAGUUCUGAUAGUAGCCAGUUAUUGGAUCUGUUGGAUGCCUUACACCGUCGUCUCCUUCAUUUCCGCCUUCAUUGGAAGCGAGAUCAUUCCGCCAUUGUUCGCCACCAUUCCGCCAGUCAUAGCCAAAUGUCAAGGCCUCCUCGAUCCUAUAAUCUACGUUGCUACUAACAAACAAAUGAGGCAGGCCAUCUUUGAGUCAGUGCCCUGUGAAGGCCUCAGAAACUCCCUGCUCAAGGAAGCGGAAGAGCCAGUCCCAGAAGCGGACUCCGAAGAGUCGGACGUGGAGGGUACUGCCAAACCCAAGAAGCCCGGACCUUCCGGCGCGGAUAAAAAAGCGGGUCCCAUCAAAAAGGCCUCAGUAGGGGGUAAGGGAAAUAAAGUGCACGCCCUGAAAGUGGAGCCCUCAGCGGACGAAGGGGUGAGUGAAAUGUCAACUGUGGACACCCCAGGCACCACAUUUGUCACUCCAGUUCAAAUUUUACAAUCAGGGGCGGCUACUCAGGUUUCCUACUCCAACACCGAAACAUCAGAGUAAACGCCCUUGCGUAUAGAUUUAUGUUUUGCAGUAUUUAUAGAUUUAUUGUUAAUAUUUUGUAUGACUGGAUUAUAUAAUAUGUACGAUACAGCAUUAUUGUGUUUUUCAAUGUUUUUUAA